AUAAACACGACUUGCCAGAUUUUCCGCGACAAGCUUGGAAUGAAUUCACGUAUGAUGAACUUUUGAAUGAAAUUGGAGUGGGUGGAACAGCUGCAAUUGAUAUUGUUUUAUUAGCUUUGAUAACUUUGGAUAGAAUUUUUCAUAAUUUUCGUAACCUCUUGGCUAAAUUCUCGGAUGAAGCCUCGGAGGAUUAUCAAGAAUUUCUUUUAUAUCUUAAAACCUGGCUUGCACAAAAUUCCUUUUGA